AUGUGGGACUACUACACAGGAAAGGUGGUGUUCAUUACCGGAGGUUCGGGUUUUCUGGGAACGGCCCUUGUCUACCGUCUUGUCACUCAAGCCCCUGUAUCUCAUCUCUACAUCCUUUGUCGAGGAGGUCUUCCGAGACUCAUCCAGAGAUGGAGUGAAUAUCUUCCACCCGAUAUCGUGAAGCAGAUGACCGAUCCUCGACUGGUUUCAGUCAUGGACGGCGAUAUGUUGCGCCCAGACGUGGGCUUAGGACCGGAUGAUCUGGAUCUGCUUCAUCGUCGGGCUAAUAUAAUUAUACAUACGGCAUCUUCAAUUGCACUCCUAAGCCGACUAGAGAAACUUGUUGGUCCUAUCAUCAAUGCCACGGAACGCUUAGCCCACAUUGCGCUGAAAUGCGAUCAGCUUGAAUGCUUUGCAUAUGUUUCUUCAGCUUAUGCCAAUGGUCAUCUCUUUUCUCAAACUGAUGGAACCUCGGGCGUUGAAAUCCAGGAAUCCUUGUACCCGCUAUAUGGUUCCGCAAACGGCAACGACAUAGAUGAAUCUCUGCAACAAGAAUUGAGCAAUGUACGAAAGACAGGAUCUUCAUCUGCCUUCCAGUCCCACGACUUUCCUUGGGCCUAUGCAUACGCAAAGCACCUUACAGAGCGUCUGCUGACACGUACAUUUGCUUCAUCCAACAAGAACCUGCUCAUCAUACGGCCAUCAAUCAUUGAACCAGCCCAAUACUUUCCAUACCGACAGUUCUGUCACCCUAUGUCAGCCCCCCAUGUUAUUGUUGCAGCUGCGGUUGCCCUAGUCCCAUCGCGGACGAUACGUCUCUCAUCUCGGUUUAGUAACCCCGAGAAAGACUCAAGCGUGGAUUGUGUCCCAGUAGAUGUGGUAGUCGAUCGACUAUUAAUUCACGUGGCACAUGGAACUAAUGGUGCCGUUCAUGCCGUGGCCGGACCCGCUCGAAUGUCACUAGAAGUCUCUUGGAGCCGGUCCUUCAAGCAUCGCAGGAUACCUUGGCCCCUUCGACUAAGUUGGACUCUCGAGUCCUGGCACUCGAUGGCUGUGCAUCCGAUUGGCCGGGUAUACCGCAUUUUUGGUACCAGUUUUGAGUUCGGAGAAGAGAAGACUGUAGCUCUCUGGCGGCAGCUGCCUGAUUCAGAGCGCUCGGCAUUGCAUCUAUUCGUUGAUAAGGAUAUACUAUAUCAUGAUCAUGAACAUAUACGGGAAGAUCACGUCUGGGUUUGCAUGGCGUAUUUGACCAGGCAACGCACUCUGACUAGAUGGCUGGCUAGGCUACUCUAUCCUCCUUUAGCGGCAACCGUCUCGCAUGAGACAGACAGAAAGAUGUAA